AUGUCAGCGACCAGGUACCGUCGGUUCCUGAAGCUGUGCGAGGAAUGGCCACGGGACGAGACCAAGAAAGGCCGUGAUUUGGGGACGUUUCUGCGGCAGAGAGUCGCUUCUGGCUUCCGAGAGGGCGAAAACACGCAGAUUUCAGACCCAGAGAAAUGUGACCAGAUGUAUGAAAGUUUGGCUCGCAUUAAUGGCAACGUAUACAGACAACGAUUUCCUCGUGUAAGAGACACAAGCUUUACUGGAGUCGCAGUGGACGAGUGCAGGUUGCUUUUGUCAGGGAGCAUGCAGCAGAUGGACGAGGAAAAGAAGAGCUUGUGGAAGACGUUAAUGGAGCGAUUCUCCUCCAAAUCACCAGAGGAUGUUCCAGAGAAAGCUCCUGAAAAAUAACUGUUCUCUUUCUUUCCUUUCUUUUCUCAUUUCUUGUAUAGAAAUAAAGCUUAUUGUUGAUA